UCCACGGGCACGUUGCCGAAGGCGGACGGACACUGCCAGGACCAAAAAUGGCGGCAGCUGUCAGUUCGCUCUAUGAUUACAGAGAGCCUGCUUGUCUCGACAGUGAUGGCGAGGGGUACAAACCUCCAUCAAGAGGAAACUUCCCUUUUAAGAAGCAGAGAAAAGGAAUUCCGAUGAAAGUUCUGGAAAGGGACACCCAAGCAGAUGAGGACAGCUUUCCAGAAAGUGGAGACUUUUCACCAGAUCCAUACAAUGACCCUUGCGAUUUUGAUGAGUCUGAGAAGAACCGGAUGGAGGUGCCUUAUUUCCAGCCAUCACAUAUUGCAAGUGUACAAUGCUCUCCAAGCUUAAAAGAGGAAGAAGCAUUAAUCUCCAGCGGAAGCAUAUACAAGGCUCCCAACUGUAAAGUAAGGGAGGUGUUUUAUGGAAACCAGUCUCAUCUUCAGGUAUUUGCCAUCAGAGACAUUGCAAAAGGUGAAGAAAUCACAAUUGAUUACGGAUUGCCAGAAUUCUCUUGGAGAAACAAUGAACUGAGCUUCCAAAAUGCUGAUUCUUCAGCUGUUCUUGACUAUAGCUCUGAUCUUGACUGUGAUAUUAAAAAGGAAGAGGAUGAACCCUGUAAUUUUCUAGCUGUACCAGGAGCAUCCACAUCUGAAUAUAUUCCGUCCUGGUCCCUUUCUCCUACUUCUAGCACCUCUCAGUCAGACCAGUGUGAAACCUCAUCCCAGCUCGAGUCUCCCGAGUGCUGUAAGGCUCUUUUGCAUGAGGAGGGGCCUAAAACAAGACUUUUACGCAGCAGGAGAAAGACUCUUCUAGUAGACGAUUGGUCCUCUGCCCAGAGUGUUGAGGUGGUCACGAAAAAAAACUGUACUGAUGCACAGGGACGUCGAUUUUACAAAAAGCAUUACUGCAUGUUUUGUGAAAAGGGAUUUAAAAAGAUUGCUCGCCAUUUGGAACAGAUGCAUUCAAAUGAACCUGAAGUGGCAAAGGCAGUCAGCCACAAGAAAGGCUCAAAGGAAAGAGCAAUUUUAUUACAGGAACUACGUAACAAAGGGGAUUUCUCUCACAAUGCUGCUGUAUUAGAAAAAGGUGUUGGACAGCUAAUUACACAAAGGCAACCAGUUAAGCAGCUGGCCCCAGAGGAUUAUCUGCCCUGUCAGUACUGCCUAGCAUUGUAUAUGAAAAAUGAUCUUUGGCGCCAUCAAAAACGUUGCUCUUUAAAGACAAAAAGGAGCAACAUUGGAAGGGGCGGCCGCAUCCAAGCUGAAGCAGCACUCCUUUUACCGGCUCCUGUAUCUUCAGUUGGUGAAGGUGUUCAGAAGCUGCUUCGUAAAAUGCCAGAGGACAAGAUAACGUUGGAGGUCCAAAAUGACCCUCUUAUUUUACAUUUUGGGGAUCGAUUGUUUUUGCAGGCAGGAAAUCCCGUAGAAAAGCAGAGGGUAUCUGACAUCUGUGCUAAGAUGAGGGAGUUAGCAAAGUUAAAAAUGGAAUCGCAAAAACUCGACCAUAGUAUAAGCUCUUUAAGAGAUUUAGUGGACUCUUCUCGAUUAGAUGUGUUGGCCAGUGCAGCAAGAAAUGCUACAGGCUUUGAACAGCACAUGCAAAAAUAUUCAAGCCCUUCAGCAGCUCUCAAACUGGGAUUGUCCUUAAGCAAGGCAGCAGUCAUUCUAGAAGGGGAUGCUAUUCGAAGUGGUGAUGAGAGUCUUCGAAAGAAAGUGGAAAGAUUUAAGGUGGCAAUGAAGAAUGAGUGGGCAUUCCAGGUGUCUACCUUUCCUGAAAGCAGUUCUAUGACCUUUCGUUAUGGCAAGAAGUGGAACAAACCUCAUUUAUUACCCCUGUUAGAGGACCUGUUGCUUCUUCAGACCCAGCUGAGAGAGAAAGAGGAGAUUUCUAUGGUAGACAUGGAACAAAAUCCAAGCGCAGAAUCCUGGAGGUCUUUGUGCCAAGCCACUCUAAUCCAAGUAAUUUUAUUUAAUCGAAGACGCGACUGUGAGGUGUCUAAAAUGCUCAUCCAAGCUUAUUCCAAGAGACAAAGAUUCCCUAGCAAUGAGGAAAUGGAAAGCAAUUUUGCAGAUUUUGAACGGUACAUGUGGAACAGCCUGGCAAGAGUGGAAAUUCUUGGCAAAAGAGGCAGAUAUGUGCCUUUGUUAUUAACCCCAAGGAUGGAGAUGUGUAUGAGCCUUCUUUUAAGGACUCGAGAGUGCGUUGGAAUUGAUGAGGAUAACCCAUAUGUAUUUGCUCGACCUAACCAACACUCCACGAAGCCACUGAGAGGUGGGGACCUGCUUAGGUUUUUAGCCAAAACAUGUGGUGCCAGACACCCAGAGCAUUUAACGUCCACUCGCCUGCGGAGACAAAUCGCAACCCUUUCACAGUUGUUAUGUGUGGAGAGUUUAGAUAUUGAACGUUUGGCCACGUUUUUAGGACACAGUGUGAAAAUCCACUUGGAGUAUUUACAACUUCCACGGAACACAACUCUGUUGGCAAAAGUAGCAAGAGUGCUUCUAGCUGGUGAAAAGGAUGGACUUUUAUUUAAAGGAAUGACACUAGACCAAAUUUGUUUGGAACUCGAUGUCCUUUCUGAAAAUUCGGGCAACUCUUCUGAUGAAGAAGAGAAACCAGAGGAGACCAAGCCUGCGGCAGGAGCAUCUCAUGCCAGCCAGCCAAGAAGGCUGGCCAGUGAAUUUCCACAAAAGAAAGGUAAGAAGUGUGUUCAGAAACGACCCUGGUCUCUAGCAGAAAAGCGGGAUGUGGAGCAGCAUCUCGAGAAGCAUAUCCGACUCCUUCAGGUCCCAGCCAAGGCCGACUGCGAGCGCUGCUUAUCCGGCUCACCGCUUCUUCGAUCAAACGGUCGUGACUGGAAGGCAGUCAAGUUCUACGUCCAUAACCGCAUCCAGCUGAUCAAAAGACACAUGAAGAAAGGCAAAAAUGUAGAAUGACCACCAAAGGAAAGUGAGAUGCACAGAAAUCACAGAGGCCAACUUGUUUGAUAGUUUACCUUUAUCACUAAGCACAUUUUCUGAAGUUUUUGAUUUCUUGGUAUCAAUGAGGUGUGUUAUUAGCUGUGUUCAAGCACAAUGUACAUUCGGACAGUUCAUCUGAACAUUUUCGUCUUGUACCUGCACUCUCUAAGUAUUCCUUUUUCAGGUUUUUGUUUCAAGAUUUUUUUUUCUUCUAUUGCCUUAACAUGUAUUCAUUUACUAGAUCCUUAACUAGAUGUGUUUAAUAUUAAUGUAACAUUAGUUUGUAAAGUUCCCAUUGCACAAUUCCUUUGAAAUACUGGGCUUCCUGUACUGAUGCUUAUUUUAACCAAUCUCAAUCCGUUCAACCUUUCUUCAUAACAAAGUCUUCUUCAACAUAUCCAUUUCAGAACCUCAAUAUUUAUUUCAGUUGGUCAGUACACAGAUACUUAAUAAGUUAUUGCAGGCUUCUGCAGUUCUUAAUUCUGUUUGCAUUCACAAAAAAUGGGCUCUAUUAGCCUUGACAGACAAUGAGGUGUUUUUCAAUUUAGUUUAUUUACCAGUGUGUUCCCUACUCACUUUACCUGAGGAAUUCAGUUUUGUUCAUUUAAUGAGUGUUUUUCAGUUUUGGUAGCUGCUUUUUGAAUUAUUUUUCAAAGUAAAAAGUACAGUUUAAACUCUUUCAUAGACUUUUUUUUCCAUUGCACUGUGCAAAUAAAUACGUUCUCAUCAAUUGCAGAUCUCGGUUCAAUAAGGAAUACCACAGUGUCAAAAACAUUUAUUAUGAAAAGAAAAAGUUGUGGGUCAUGUGGAGUGUAAUGUAAACUUUUUUUUUUUUUUUUUUUUGAAACCAUUAAAAGUGAAUAUGUUACGGCCAAAGUGGGAAGUGUCUGGCCAAAUCGGGAAAUGGCCAUUGUCGCUGUAAAUUGACCAGCCAAUGUCCGAUCUUUUCCUCGAUUUUGGGAUUUGGCAAGCCAGUUUGUGAAAUGGCAUGGGGGUGAUUGGCCAAAGUCGGAAGAAAAAAGGCAUGAGCAGCAAUUUGUUGUACACUUAGCAGUGCAACUGCAUCGAGAGCAGCCUUGGCCGCCGGUCAGUGAUUGGGAAGACGCGACGGUUCGUAGUGAUUUUUCUUCUGUGCCUACGGAUUCCAGUGUGAGCAGUUUCUCGUGCAGAAUGGAAAACUCUCUUCUGAAUCUGCAUCUGAAAUUUUUUGAAAUCACCUUGAGCGGAAAGUCUCACAUCAGCACAUCGAAUUUUGGCCAGGGAUUUCUCACCACUUCACGAAAUGGCCAGCCAAAGUAGCAUAUACACCGGGCAUUUCUAGUAAUUCGGACUUUGGCCACAGCUCUCUGCCAAAAUGCGAAAUGGCUGGCCAAUUCAGGAACUGGUAGAACAAAUACAUAUAAAAAGCUUUAUUAAUGCAACAAUUGAAAAUAUGACGCAACAUUCAACUCUAUUUCCCAUUGAGGUCAAAAUAAUUAAUGAUUAUUAUUAAUUUACACUUUAUUUAAUAAAUAUUAAUAAUAAUUUAAAGGCCCAUAUAGUCCUACUCUCCACCACACCAUUUGGUAAUCAUUCUAUGUGUCUGUGGUUCUUGAUGUGAUGAAAAACUUCCUAACAUUUCUGCAAUGUCUGCCCUUAACAGGUUUCCAACUAUGUUCCUGUGUUCUUGUUUAAUGAAUUUAUUUUAAAAUAACAACUGAGAUCCACUGUACUAAUUCCUGAGUUGGCACACAAGGAGGGUUUUCUGAAUUCCUUGACGUUUAGGACAAUUUUUGCUUACUUAUUUUUUUGUGUACACCUAAUAAAGCAUACAAUAGUAGAGCUGAGUAUCAUAAGAAGUUAACUUUUAUCUAUUUUAGAAAUUCCAUUUACGCCAAGAUGACUGUGAACUUAACAGUUUAAUGGCAGCUUUAGACCAAAGCAAGACUCUCCCCUUUUGAGACGCCGGUCGACCAUAGGUUACUCUGAGACAUAAUCGCUCUUGGCAAUUAUAGUCCAGUCUGCUUUAUUUAAAGUAAACCGUGUACAUUAAUUCAUACUGCUACAGACCAUGGAUGUUGUUAACUCCAUGUUUAAAGACACACGUUUGAGCUCCCACUAAAGAUGUGGAAGCUGCUUAAUCUUAAAAGCAUUUCAUAAAAGUUAAAACACAAGUGAAAAUCCGGGAUUUUACUUGAACACUUCUCUUGGGGAGCAACAUUUAUUUUAUAGGAAUAGCUGGUUAGCCACACUGCAGCUGAAGAGCAACAUGGUGGAGAGCUGUUGCAAAAGAACUGGAUUUUAAACUUUGUAUUAGCAUUUAUUAAUUCUUAAUUAAGUAAAUAUAUAUUUUGAUUGAUUAUAGAGAAUGUGUUUACAAGAUGAAUCCACCCAGGACACAGUGAAUACCUGAUGAGCAGCAGCAGUAUGAAUAUGUUUAAUCAAUCGAUAGUAAUCCACAUUAUUGCAAAGAAAUGAUUUAUUAUUGCCAUUGUGAUCUUUGGGUUCUUAUCGUAAAAGAACCAAAACUAAAAUGCAGUUAAUUAGGAAUUUUUUGUGAAGCUGAACACUAUGAAUCAAAAGUGAAAAUGAAGUGUUUGGUAAACCUCUUUUCACUAGUGUAAGCAUUUAACUUAAAAAUGAUUCGACAGAUAUAAGAGGGUGGGGGUCAUGCAGAGAAAUAAAUAGAAACAUUUGUUAUUGAGCUGUGUUAAAAAAAUUGAAACACUUUUUUUUGCCCUUUUUAUAGGCGUUUGUUGAGUGCAUAUCACUUAACUUAUUGUCUUAAACUCACUCUAUUUUUCACAAAUUAUUUUUCUCAUGGUGUGCUUCACAGUUACUCGUAAACAUUUAUGCUGAUAUACCUGAAUGAAAUGAUCACUUUCAGAUCUUCAAGGUUAAUAUUCCACACCCAUAAUAAAUCUUAUUAUAUUGUUGUAUAAGCCCACUCUAUUAACUCACUAUGGACUGCAGAAUGAAUCGACAGGGUCGUUGGUACUUUUCCCCUUCCCACUGCUCCUCUUCAGAAUUUCACCCAGCAAGAGUUUUAAAUAGUUAAAUCAUUAUCACCACAUCCCUUUGAGUCCAUUUUGACACAUCAGAGUCUAAAUAGAAUGUUUUAAUUUGGCUAGGUUUUGCUGAUCACGUUUUUAUUGGGGGGGGAGAUGUCACAGUGGUUACCAUCCUGGGUUCAAAUCUUAACACCAGUCAUUGUGUACUUCGACUUUGUAUGUUCUCCUCCUUCUCUGUGUGAGUUUUCCUUCUAUUUCCUCAAGACCAGUGUGUUUUAUUUCAAUUGGCCUUUUCUGAGUGUGUGUGCUUCAAAGGGCAAUAAACUAGUGCCCUGACCAGGACUGGUUCCUGCCUUGAGCCUGUGUUCUUGGAAUUAGUCUGGCCAGGCCAGACGCGAUUGUCAAAUGGAAAUGCACAUCUAGCGACAACCCGUUACAAGUUUUGUAGUGAAUAGUAUAGAAAUCCACAGCAGCAAAAGCUAUGUCCACAGGGCUUUCUCCUAAAACACCCGCCACCAAUCCCUUCAGUCCGUGCACUUUAAUACGCUGGGGUUUCAGGGAGAGAGGAAAUGUCACAGAACAAAAGACCUGACACUGGGAGAAAAUAAAAAGCUAAAAUUGCUGUUCUCCAUUUAGGAGCUUAAUAGCACAAGGUAAAAAUGAAGCUUAAUGAUUAAUUUGCACAUGGUAAUGAGCACUGUGACAGUGGAGAUGGACACGCAUGUAGACCACUACAGCUCUACGCAUUUUAAAAAGUUCUUCUCCCUGCUACGAUUUUUUGUCCUUUUGACUGUUGCAUCACGAUGUGGCAUAACAACAGUAAACAGAGUUUAGAUCAGCAUUAUGGUCUAUGAGUAUACAACGUGUUAAGACUCUGCUGCAAUAUUCUGGCAGGGAAUGUUGGGAUUUCCAAAUGGGUAGUAAUGUUAACUUCCUUUAGUUGUUUGUUUAGACAUGCAAUCAGAAGAUGGAUACUGCGUAGCCUCAUCUGUGCUUAUAGUGGUGUUGUUAGCCAGAUGUAAUGAUUUAGGUGUUUUGUGUACCAAAAUCUUCAUCUCCUGUAGCUCCUCAUUAUCAGCUCUCUUUUGAUGGAGUGUGACACACUGUUUACUUCAAAUGCAUAUUUUGCAGUUCACAGAACAUAGCUGGCUAUUCUUUCAAGCUUCCAUCGACUCCUACACUAUCACCGUAACUGAAGAACGGAGAAUACACACACACCACCUGCAACAACAUAGCGUUCACUUUCUACCACUAGUACAUUGAUGUCCUCGAUUGCCAAUGUAUGAUCUGAGUGUACAGAAAGGCUUUUCGUUUGCAUCAGGUUCUGUUUAUUUUUAACACAUGCAAUGUGCGGACUGCACACGCAACUCACUUUCACCUGUGGAAUUGGGUUCUUUUUAGUAGACUUUUUCAGUUGUAGACAGUUAAUCGUAAUCGGAAGCUUGCUGUCUGUCGGACAUCUCUGGUCUUUGCAGUUCAAAAUCUCCGCCCUUACUUUGAGCACAUGAGCCGUUGGAUUGGUUUAGAAAUCUGAUACUCAGUCAGUGAGCCGUCUAAUCCUUCCCACCCAGUUUUAAGCAGAAUUCACUCAUGGUUGUCUGAUGUAUACGCUAUAAGUCUGGCUCAGCGGGACUAUCCCUGAUGCAACCUUUAAUUGGAUUAAUUACGGUAUGAGAGUGUUAAUGUUAGUUUUCAGUUUGGAGUGCUUCUACUAACCAUGCAGAAUAUGAGGACACAACAUGCAUAGCAUCUGUUGUCUCACCUGAUGUAAAUAUUGUUAAUUAGGCCGUCAAGUCAAAAUUUUUAGUAAACAAAUAAUAAGAUGCAUUCUUGAAAAAAAUAAAUGUUUUGAUGAUUUUUUUUUUGAUGUCAUCGUUAGUCCAAUAUUAAAGGAUUUAGUUUUAUUUAGUUGUAAAGUCUUCCACACUUUGUUUCCUGUUGGUACGAGUAUUAUCGCCAUCUGAUGCUGUUUUUAACGUGGCUAAUUUACAGCAGGGGUCCUCUGUCACAGUCCUAGAAGGUUGCAGGUUUUCAUUCCAACCAGGUUUCUAAUUGGAAGCCAGUCCUUGUUAAUAGUAAACUUGGUAUUUAAUUGUAUGGCUUGUUAGCACUUUCAUUCAGCCAAGGCAAAUAUUUAUAAUAAUGACAAUUCACUUCAUUUGCCGUAUACAAUUAGGAGUUUGUCAUUUGCAGAGACGCACAAAGAGGGAGAGAGAAGCUGGGGGUCAGAGCACAGGGUCGGCUGUUUGUAGCAAUUGCAGGUUGUGGGCCUUGCUCAAGGGUCCAACAGAGUACCGUUCCUUCUGUGCACUGGUGGGAUUCAAACCGGCACUCUUCCAGUCACCAGCGCAGAGAGCCACACCACUUUUCUUUGAGAGAAUUGUCCGUGUUUUUUGAACCGUAACGGAUUUGCACUUUUUGGUCCGUUUAUUUCUUAAACACAUUAUUAACACAGAUAUGUCUUGAUGCGUAUUCACAGGUUUAUAUGGGACCAAGUUAACUGAUUGACACUUCUAGUGAUGCACCGAUGUGAAAGUGUAUGGCCGAUAUGCCGAUUCUUUGUGAAAAGUGAGAGAUCGCGAAUACAAGCGGCUGAAAUGAGUUUCCUCCGCAGGGUGUCUGGGCUCUCCCUUAAAGAUAGGGUGAGAAGCUCAGUCAUCCGGGAGGGGCUCAGAGUAGAGCCACUGCUCCUCCGCAUCGAGAGGAGUCAGAUGAGGUGGCUCGGGCAUCUGAUCAGGAUGCCUCCUGGACGCCUCCCUGGUGAGGUGUUACGGGCACGUCCAACCGGGAGGAGGCCCCGGGGAAGACCCAGGACACGCUGGAGGGACUAUGUCUCCCGGCUGGCCUGGGAACGCCUUGGGAUUCCCCGAGAAGAGCUAGAAGAAGUGGCCGGGGAGAGGGAAGUCUGGGCAUCUCUGCUCAAGCUGCUGCCCCCGCGACCCGACCUCGGAUAAGCGGGAGACAAUGGAUGGAUGGAUGGAUGGAUGGAUGAAGUGAAAGUGUAAUAAAUGACAUUCACAAAAUAUGAGAAAUCAAAGUUCUUUUAUUUUCUGAUGUGAAAAUGAUCGCAACUCUGGGAGUACAAUUAAACAAAGAGUCUAUAAUUUUGUAACUGCUGUCAUUUUAAUUCACUGGUCGGUCACUUUAAUUUAUUGAAGGCAACAUUAACAUUAGUUUAAUAAACCAUAUGUACAGUC